AUGGACGCAAAAGUGAGGGAGCUUGACGAAGAGCUGGCUGUGAAGAACGAGGAACUCGAAGCUGCCCUCUUUGAAAAUAGAAAGCGUGGAGAAGAAAUGAAACAAUGGCAGUUUGCUGUCGCUGAAAUGGAAGCCGUGCACUCAGAGAUACGAACACUGGAACAGCAAGUUAGUUUGAAUUCACAUUUUUUGCUCACAACAACAUCGAUUGGGACUAUCAAUAUUGGAUAUUUCGUGUAA